AAUGGACUUAACCUCUUUCUGAAUGACGUUGUUUUUCUUUGCGCGCUGAUUGGCUAAUUACAACCUUUCUCUUACGGAGUCCAUCGUUUCCGUGGCAAGACCUUGAAGAAGUCUAGCCGUAGCUAAACUUUAGCCGAAUGUGGCUGUAGUUCGAUAUAGUAGGAAACACCACAUUUAAAACAGCCAUGCUGCCAAGGCUAAAAUCUGCUGCCAUUUUGGCUGACUUGGGCUGCCAUGUACAGAAACUGUCUAUCCGCUGUAGCCGUGGCUUCAAAAAUGCUCCGAGAAAUUUCUGCCAGAAAGUUGAGGAGAAAGUUGUUGCAGGCACGCCAUACAAUAAAAUUUCUGUUGGUGUGCCAAAAGAAAUGUUCCCAAAUGAAAGAAGAGUUGCCAUUUCCCCUACCGCAGUACAGUUGCUUACAAAAAAAGGAUUUAAUGUAAAUAUAGAAGAAGGUGCAGGAGUAGAAUCAAAAUUUACAAAUGAAGAAUUUGCUGCUUCUGGGGCAAACAUUAAAAAACGAGAGGACACUUACAAAUCUGAUAUAGUAUUAAAAGUUAGACCUCCUUUAGAAUCUGAAGUUCCUCUAUUGAAAGAGAAUGGUAUUCUUAUUAGUUUAUUAUACCCACAACAAAAUGCAGACCUAGUGAAAAAGAUCAGUGACAGAAAGGUGACAUCAUUUGCAAUGGACAAAGUGCCAAGAAUAUCAAGGGCUCAAGUUUUUGAUGUAUUGUCUUCAAUGGCAAAUAUAUCUGGAUACAAAGCUGUUAUAGAGGCAGCAAAUAACUAUGGCAGAUUUUUUAGUGGUCAGAUAACAGCUGCUGGUAAAGUUCCUCCUGCUAAGAUUUUCAUCAUUGGUGGUGGUGUAGCUGGUUUAGCAGCUGCCGGAGCUGCCAAGAAUCUUGGUGCAAUCACCAGAUUAUAUGAUGUCAGACCUGCAGUGAAAGAACAAGCAGAAUCCCUCGGAGCUGAGUAUCUUGAAGUCUCAGUCAAGGAAUCUGGUGCUGCAGCUGGUGGUUAUGCCAAAGACAUUAAAGAGAUGUCCUCAGACUUCCAGGAUGCUGUUAAAAACUUGUAUGCCAAACAAUGCAAGGAGGUGGAUGUCAUCAUUACAACAGCUCUUAUACCUGGCAAGAAAGCACCAAUACUCAUUACCAAGGAAAUGAUAGAGACAAUGAAACCUGGUUCUGUUGUGGUAGAUUUAGCUGCGGAGGCAGGUGGAAAUAUUGAGACAACAAAACCAGGAGAAUUAUACAAAUACCAUGAUGUUACACAUAUAGGAUAUACAGAUUUGCCUAGUCGAUUACCUACACAAUCUAGUACAUUGUAUGGGAACAACAUUACCAAACUUCUGCUCUCAAUGGGUGAGAAGGACCACUUUAAUGUAAACCUUGAAGAUGAGGUUGUUCGAGGCUGUAUAGUCACACAAAAUGGUGAGAUACUUCCACCAGCUCCACCCCCGCAGCUUGAUGCUGCCGUAGAAGCUAAACCAAAAGCUGUAGGAAUUCCUCCACCCCCUCCAGUUGAUCCUAAAACCAGAACUUUUAAUACAGCUUUGAGAUACACAGGUGGUCUAGGAACAAUGUUAGCCCUCGGGGCUGUAUCACCUAACCCAGCAUUUACUACCAUGGUCACAACAUUUGGACUUGCUGGAAUCACAGGUUAUUAUACUGUGUGGAAUGUCACCCCAGCACUUCACUCACCACUUAUGUCAGUGACAAAUGCCAUCUCUGGUAUCACAGCUGUAGGAGGCAUGUUACUGAUGAGUAAAGGUUACACACCAACAAACACUAUAGAAUCUCUGGCUGCCGUAGCUUGCUUCAUCUCUAGUAUUAAUAUAGGUGGUGGCUUUACUGUCACUCAGAGAAUGUUGGACAUGUUUAGAAGACCAGAUGAUCCGCCGGAGUACAACUAUUUCUAUGCCCUGCCUGGUCUUGCUACACUGGGAGGGUAUGGUGCACUAGCAACAUCUGGUUCAUACCCUGACAUUCAUCAGAUGACUUACUUUGCUGCAUCUCUAUGCUGUGUUGGUGCCCUAACAGGUCUUUCUUCACAGACAACAUGUCGCUUGGGAAAUGCCCUUGGUAUGAUUGGUGUGUCAUCUGGUAUUGCAGCUACAGUUGGGCUCCUUGCACCAACACCAGAAUCUUUCGCACAGAUGGCAGCUUGUAUUGGCACAGGAGGUAUAAUUGGUGUUAUUGGUGGUAAGAAGGUAGAAGUGACUGAUCUACCUCAGAUGGUGGCAUUGUUUCACAGUCUUGUAGGCGCUGCAGCUGUUGUCACUUGUAUUGCAAACUUUAUGCAUGAGAACCCACAUUUUGCCACUGACCCGGCUGCUAAUGUUAUGAAGACAGCUCUGUUUUUGGGUACUUACAUUGGUGGUGUCACCUUCACUGGAUCUCUUGUUGCUUUUGGCAAGCUUCAAGGAACAUUGAAAUCAAACCCACUCUUGUUGCCUGGAAGACAUGCAAUGAAUGCAGCAAUGUUGGCAACUAAUAUUGGAGCAUAUGGAUAUUUCAUGAUGGAUAAUGCAUAUGCUAGUGGUCUAGCUAUGCUUGGAACAACUACCACAUUGUCCAGCAUUAUGGGAGUAACACUAACAAUGGCUAUUGGGGGUGCUGACAUGCCAGUAGUUAUCACUGUAUUGAACAGUUACUCAGGAUGGGCACUAUGUGCAGAAGGUUUCAUGUUGAACAAUAAUCUAAUGACAAUUGUUGGAGCAAUGAUUGGAUCUUCUGGAGCCAUUCUGUCAUACAUUAUGUGCAAGGCCAUGAACAGAUCUCUAACCAAUGUCAUCUUGGGUGGUGCCAACAUCGGAACAAAGUCACAUGCUGGAGGUAAACCCAUGGAGAUAACUGGUACCCACACAGAAUGUGAUGUUCCUAUCUGUACAGAAUACAUAGCAAAUGCUAAAAACAUCAUCAUUGUGCCAGGAUAUGGUCUCUGUGUUGCCAAGGCACAGUAUCCUAUUGCUGAAAUGGUAGACUUCUUAAGGAAGAAAGGAAAGAAUGUGCGAUUUGGAAUUCACCCUGUAGCUGGACGUAUGCCUGGUCAACUGAAUGUGUUAUUGGCUGAAGCUGGUGUACCAUAUGAUGUUGUACAGGAAAUGGAUGAACUAAAUGAUGACUUCCCAGAGACUGACCUUGUACUGGUUAUUGGAGCAAAUGACACUGUAAACUCUGCUGCUGAAGAAGAUCCUAACUCUAUCAUUGCUGGUAUGCCUGUCCUCCGAGUAUGGCUGUCUAAACAGGUUGUAGUCAUGAAGAGGUCAUUGGGUGUGGGUUAUGCUGCCGUUGACAACCCUAUCUUCUUCAAAGAGAACACAAACAUGUUGCUAGGAGAUGCCAAGAAGACAUGUGACGCCCUCUAUGCUAACGUGAGACAACACUAUGGAGAGGAAUAGAUAAAUAACAAAGUGUCUAAUGUAAACAUACAUACAGAAUUUAUGUUAUUGUGAUGUUUUGCAACAAAUAGAUUGAAUAAGAAAAACACACAUUUUGUAAUAUACUUAUUCAACAGUGUUUAAAGCUGAAAAUACGGGGUUAAAUUGCAUUUAUAUGCCAGUAAAAACGAUGGAAGCGUUACUCUAUGAAUUGACAUUGUGAUUUUUUGUGAACAAAUAAUAAUGUGCUAUUUCUGUUGAAUUGAGAAGACAUAUUUUUUUAUAAAGUAUUUUCUCAGCAUUUGAAUUUGUUAUUUUUGUCAGGCUAGAAGUGCUUUUUUAAUAUGAUAGAAUUAUUGAAAUUUUUAUAUAGAAAAACAUAGCUUAAGUAAGAGGCAGUGCCUCUAUAAGAUUUUGGUAGAUAUAGAUUUGCAGAAUUAUAUUUUAGCUUUUGUACUAAUAAUAUCCGAGAACUGGCAUAUUUUUACAACUCGCAUUGAAACCUUAAAUCCCAACAUUGAAUAACACCUGUCCUUCCAUAACAACCCAUUAUGAGGGUAUUGUCAAAUUUAAGAAGUUAUGUAUCUUCCAUGUCAGUUAUAUUUAUUUCUCACUUUUCCUCUAAAAUCGGGCAGAAUAGGAGGAAAGUUAAUUUACAUCUUAUUUAACAAUGAAUGCUUUUUUAUUGAAAAGAUAUAAUUCUUGUUUUGAGCUCCCUAUUUAAAAAACAAAGAGCUUGAUUUCUAUAUGCAUUCCUCUUUUUAUUAAAGAAUAAUUAUGUGAAAAUAAGGUUAAUUUGAUAUCACCUCUAUAAUAAACACUGUGUUAUAUUGUUAUGUUUUGCUGUGUGCUACAUUAUAUUAUGGAUUUGGUAAAUAGACCAUGAUUCAAAAGAAACUGGAAUAAAUACUGGUUAAAAACUUG